CCCUGCACCUGCAUCACCUCCCACCUCUCUCCGACCUCCGACCUCCCCCCCAAGCUCCAUCACACACACGUCCGCAUCCCCACCGCCCACAACACACCAGCAACCUCCCAGCAACCAACAGAACUACCACGAUGGCGACAACGAAUUACAAAGAAGCGUUCGCACUGUUCGACAAGCGUGGCAACGGCCGCAUCCCCAGCAGCAGUCUCGGCGACCUCCUCCGCGCGUGUGGCCAGAACCCCACGAACGGGGAGGUAGACGAGCUCGUCCGCGGCGUGAAAUCCGACCUCGACUUCGAAUCGUUCCUCAAAAUCCUGAACCGCCCCAAUGGCUUCCGCGAGCCCGGCGAGCCGCAGGAGUUCGUGCGUGGAUUCCAAGUGUUCGAUAAGGAUAUGACGGGGUAUAUUGGCGUUGGAGAGUUGCGAUACGUCUUGACCAGCUUGGGUGAGAAAUUGACGAAUGAGGAGGUGGAUGAGCUCCUGAAGGGAAUGGAGAUCAAGGGGGAUCAGGUCAACUAUGUUGACUUCGUCAAGAUGAUCAUGGCUAACUAAGCUCCAUGACCGCAUGCACUCCACACACGAGCUUAGCUUAAUGAAUAGAGGCGGUGGACAAGAGGGAGGAGUGCUUGUCCGUUGCUUUACUGUCUUACAUACCAUGGAUCGGUUUCCGUUCUUCUUUCGCAUCAUACUUAGCGUCGCUAUUAUUGCUUGCUUAUUCCAAUGAUUAUGAUGAUGGUGAUGAUGAUGGUGGUGAUAAUUGUGGAGUUUGUACGCUUUUCACGAUGUGCUGCGACCUGCUCAGGGGAUACAA